GAUCCCCUUCCCUGUAGGAUCUCCAUCCCUCUGGGAUCGCCAUCCCGGUGGAUCCCGUCCCUUGGAGCAGCGGCCAUGGCCACGGGCCAAGCUGCCAGAUCCACGAGGACAAUUGUCAUUUCUGGUGUCCCUGCUGGCCUCCUGCAGGAUGAUGUCAUGGCUGACAUCCUCACCAUCCACUUCCAAAUGUCCAGGAAUAAUGGUGGGGAUGUGGAGGAGGUCACGUAUCCCACACAGAAUAAAGGAGUUGCCUACAUCACCUUCGAGGAUCAAGAAGUUGUGGAGAAGGUUCUGAAGAAGGAUCAGCAUCUCCUGCAGGACAAGAGGCUGCCCAGGCUCUACCCCCUGAGCGUGACCCGCUGCUGCCAACACGCCUUCCUCUGUGUCACAUCCACCCUCAGCAUGGCUGUUUUCAGAGGUCACUUUGUUUUGGAGGAGUUGGUGGAAGAGGUGAAAAAGCAGAGCCCGGGUUUGGAUUUUGGACCUUUGCAGCCUGAUGGGCGAAUUGCUGUGCAAGGCUCCUUCCCAGCACUCGGAGCACUGAGAGAAUUCCUCUUGCUCAAGGCAAAAUCCCUCUCAGGGGAGGACAAAAAAGAGGGGAAAUCCCAUCAGAGGCCGAGGAGGAAGCUGCAGGAGCACAGAGGUGCUGCAGAGAUGAAGAAUUCCGCUGGGGAUGCACAGGGGGAUAAACAAAUGCUGGUUCUGGACACGGAUAUCUAUCACUACAUGAGCUGCUUCCACCCCAAAGCUCUGCAGGCAAAGCACCUGGUGAUUUCUGCUGUCACUGAGGGUGACAUCACCACGGUGUGCAUUGAGGGGGCUGGCAGCAGAGCUGGGGCUGCAGCCGGGCUGAGGGCCGGCAGAACCAUCCAGGAUUGCUCUGCAGAGCUCCAGAGGAUUCUCAGGAAGGAGAGGAUCAGCCUCAGGGAGCACAGCAGGGCUGGGAGGCAGAGGCUCAGGCAGCUCUGUGAGAGGGUGAAGCCCCGUUUCCCUGCAGUGCUGCUCAUCCCUUAUGACACCCACGUGGAUGUUGUGGGGACCUCUGCAGAUGUUUUUGGCUUCACAGAGGAGGUGAAGAGGCUCUCCAGGUAGGAGGGAGCACUUCUGUGGUUUGUUCUUCCCACCCAGACUGUGCCUGUGGCCCUGUGGCACUGGGAUAUCACCUUUUGGGUGACCCCCCAAAACCACCAAAUUAAGGCCAGAACAAGAAACCAAUGAUCUCUGCACUUAGGGAGCAAAGAAUUUAAACUUUUCUAUCCAGAAAGAUCCACAUUUCCCUUUUGAUACCUCAGUGCACUCUCAUCCCAAUUUGCUGUCGAGGAGUACAUGAUGAGAAUAGAGAUUUUUUUUUUUUUUUAAAGCUUGUAGGAAACAGUGCAGGGAAAUUCUGUGUGAGGUUCUGUGAGGUGGUGACCACAGCAGACAGGAAUGGGGACCUUGAUCUGCACAGGAACCUUCUGCCCCAUGAGGGGCACGGAGAAGAAACUUGGCAGAGCAAAAUGCACACGGGCAGCCUUGAGAAAACCUCCGAAAUUCU